CAGUGGGCAGCACACGCCUGUUCAUUGUUCACGCACACACAUACCAGGAAGAAGAAGCGUCUUCUGUUGACGUCACUCGCCGUCAAACCUCUAUUUUGUUGUUUUUUAUGUGAAGGAUGUUUAGAUUUCCUCAGAUGAAGAAUUCAGUAAAUCUGCUCAGGAUUCACAGAUUGUUGUUGCUCACGCUGAGAGACGUCAUACAUGAACCAACAGUCUCUUCAUUGAGAAGAAGUUGCAUGCGAGUCAAUGGCAUUCAGUGGUGUGGUCAACAAAGAGACGCUUGUUUUACGUCAAAUCGUAACUUCUCUACAGAUUCCAGGAGGUUAUCUGUUGUUUCCAAGUAUGCACCUCUACAGAAACAAAUAUGGACAUGUGUUCCCACUCAUUUUCUAUUAUCUAAUAUCAAUCUUAGUUCUGUUAACAGAGCAAACAUCCCAAAGACUUUUCUGCUUUUGUAUAAAUCUCUGUUAGCACCUUCCCUGUCUGCUCUUGACCGGAGCAAAUGCCUGCUGCCUGUACGUGUCUUCACAAACCAAACAUGCUGCUAUAUCCCAAAACAUAAAACGCAAGGAAAAGGCAACUUUGGGUGGUUAUCUAAAAAAAGACUGUUGUUGUCGAUUGGACAUUAUGCAGUCCAGACCCGCGGGCUGCAGACAGAUGCACAGCAGCAGGCUGUUUUGGAUGUGUGUUUGUCUCCAGGAAAUGAGGCGCGUUGCAGACAGUCUCUGUUACCUAACAUCGCUCUCUAUGAGCGGGUAGAGAAGAGCUGGGCAGCGGUAUUGGUUUCUCUGUGUGUUGUGAGCGGGCAGCCUGCUUUUCUCUUUACACUUAGAUCUGCGAUGCUGAAGGGUAGACACAAAGGCGAUGUCAGUUUUGCAGGAGGCAAGAAAGACUCUUCAGACCGCACUGUUGUAGAUACGGCUCUUCGAGAAGCUUGUGAGGAGCUGGGAAUGCACAUCACAGAAGAUAAAGUCUGGGGCGUUCUUAAACCGCUGCGCGAUGCGUCUGGAAUGAUGAUUGCGCCUGUAAUAGCCAAUCUUGGAGCACUGGAGGAGCUGUCAUUUAAACCCAAUCCAAGUGAGGUGGAAGAGGUUUUUACCCUGACACUCGACCAUUUAUGUCGACCUCAGAACCGAGGCUACACACAUUUCCGUGCAGGCGAGCGAUAUGGCUACACGCUGCCGGUGUUUCACAGUUCUAAAUAUCGAGUCUGGGGUCUUACGGCAGUGGCUCUGGAUCACACGCUCAAACUUAUUGUGCCCCCGACACAUUAAUUGGACUACGGUUUGGUCUAGUAGCACCUUCGGAAAAACAACCCAGACACUUUGUGAGAUUUACGAGUUGUACAUUUUAUGACUACUGCCUCAGAAUGAAUAACAUUGGCUGAUAACCUGUUAUGAUCAUGAUAUCAAGUCUAUGAAACUGUGAAGUGUUAAUUUAUUCAGAGCAUACAGUAUGCAGUGUACUUCUGGGAUACACAGUUCAAAUAUUCCCACUACUCCAGAAUGAAACAUGGACGGCAUACAGUAGCCUAUGUAGCAUUUCAACAUGUCUCUCAGUUAUUAAAAGAGACAGAAAUACACUUACAAUGGACUGUGUCUCCACUCGACUUAUUGUAAGCACAUCACUAUUAAUAAAUUGAAUAAUAAAUAAAUGAGUCCAUUUUAGAUUAAAA